CAGUAGUUGAUAGGAGACAAAUUGAAAGAUUGAAUGGCUAUGCCUUCAGUGUGGAAAAAGGAACUCAAAUUUAAAGUAGCAACUGGGUGUGGAAGUGAUUUGGAGUCCAGCCUUUUGUCGAAAAACUUCGAUUACUUCUGCAAAAUAAUUGGUGAUGGUCUAUUCAACUACCGAAUUUGCAUCCUUUUGUGGUGCCUCAACGAAAGGCAGUGGAGAUGAUCCGUUAAGUGGUUGAAUGUAGAAUAUCUCAGACAGCAGCUAUGCCUUGAAGACGGAGCCCUCAGUAUCUCUAUAGCCUUAAGAAC